UGUUGUGUUCAGGAUACUGCUAACAAACCACCAAAACCCACUACUCUUCCCGAUAUAGCCGCAUUCUUGCGUCCGUACUGCCUCCAUAUUUGACCUCGAAGGAUAAGCCCAGUAUGGCUGUCAGUGAGACAGCUCUGCCUUACGAUGAACCGUCUAUUUCCACAGUCCUCAAUCUGGCGGGAUUUCUUCUAGCUCUGAACAUGGUCAAUGCCUGCCUGGACAAGCUCCUAUACUGUGGACUGAUAGGUCAGCUGUUCAUCGGCAUUCUCUGGGGAACCCCCGGGGGGAAAUGGCUCGACCGCGAUACAGAAACAGCGAUCCAGCAGCUGGGAUACCUGGGUCUGAUCAUGCUCGUAUACGAGGGUGGUCUGUCGACAUCACUUCCAUCCGUAAGAGCAAACCUUUUCUUGUCAAUUGCCGUGGCUCUUACCGGCAUCGGAACUCCAAUGGCUUUAUCAUUCAUCCUCAUGAAGCUGGUUUCUGCGACACCGCUCCAGGCUUUCUCUGCCGGAGCGGCCCUUAGCGCAACCAGUCUGGGCACCACUUUCACCAUCCUCUCAACUACUAGGCUCAUCAAGACACGGCUUGGUACAAUCACUACUAGUGCGGCCAUGCUAGAUGACGUCGUGGGUCUGGUUAUGGUCCAGAUCAUUACAAACCUCGGCGGAAGUAGCAACUCGUUCAGUCCAGUGACCGUCAUUAGACCCAUAAUCGUUUCCCUUGGAUUCGGUGUAGGUGUGGUGCUGGGAUGCAGAUUGUGCAUCGGACCAAUCUUGCGCAUGAUCUUCGCGAAGAGAGACAUGAUACCGGGUGUCAUGAAGACGCUCCAGUUUGCUUUUCUGGUUUACACAUGCCUCUUGAUCGGGUUGAUAGCCGGGGCCACUUACGCAGGAACAUCCAGUUUGUUCGCUGCGUAUCUCGCUGGCGUCAUGACUUCGUGGAUUGAUGAUUUUUUUGAAGGGAACUUGCAAAGAGAGUGCCAUGUCACUAGCAAUACUGAUGACUUUGCUGAAUCAAGCUGUGGAAACAUUGCUCAGGACAUGCAAGGCAGAUCCACGCAUCCUGCAGCUCCAAGCAUACCCCACGAAAAGACCCCAACUGGGAAAUUGGCGUAUGAGAAAUACUACGCCCCACCUGUCAGUCGAGUUUUGACGCCUCUCUUCUUUGCGUCGAUUGGAUGUGCAAUCCCCAUCACUGAAAUGUUCAAUGGGAUCGUGGUAUGGAAAGGGAUAGUCUAUGCUGUUCUCAUGUCCAUUGGAAAGUUGGUCACAGGGAUAUGGUUGGUUAGACUCUCCUUCGGACGAGUAUCGAACGUGAUCCGCGCUUUAUCGACCCCCUGUCAUUAUGUGGCGUUGUUCUGCACUCAUAUGCCCAAAGCAGAGUAUGGAAGAAAGGGUAGUAAGGAUCAGGGCAAUCGUGACGGCCAGGCGGAUAACCGCUCUCAAGAACAGCCUGUCGCGCGUGGGAACGAGUCAGAACAACAAUCUGGCCCAGACUCGAACGGCGGGCAUGAAGGCCAUGAUGGAGCAGGUUCCAAUACACCUGCGAAAGGACAUGCAGGUCAGCCAGGGCAGCCUGCGCCGUCCGUUUCCUCGCCUCCCAAGCCUAAAUCCCUCUAUCCCCCGUCGAUCCUCGGACUUGCAAUGGUAGCUCGAGGCGAGGUAGGCUAUCUCGUUGCAUCUCUCGCGGAAUCAAAGGGGAUCUUUGGUGAGAGCCCGGCUGGUGGUUCUUCCGAGGCCUACCUCGUCGUUAUUUGGGCCAUCUCUUUGUGUACCUUGAUUGGACCAAUAAGCGUUGGCACCCUCGUCAAGAGAGUCAAAACUCUGCAGCAAAGACGCAUCAACUCGGGCGGUCCAGAUCCUUUAGGAGUCUGGGGUAUCUGAUGGGUCAAAAUCUUGGUAGGGUGGAGACAACCAUGCGGCU